AUGUUUGUAACAAUCCUAAGAUCCACUACAUCAUUAUAACUUAAACCAAAGCUUGUCUAUUAGAAGUAUUUGACAAGACUUAGAACAGUUUCUUUGGCAGGUGCUGUAACUGUGGCUGCUUCUGCUUAUUAUUGUUAUGAAUGCUUCUGGAAUACUUCCAUGGAAUUUAUUCACCAUCCAGAAGCUAUUGAGAAGCACGUUCUUAACAUUUUUGCAGAUGUAAACGAUAAGUUUAUUGAAGAUCAAGUAUAGGCCUACUUUCUAUAUUUCUCACCGAUUGAUGUAACUAGCAUAUGCUACUCGUUGGGAAAAAAAGCUUGACACAGAAUUUGAAAGAUAACUGUUUAAAUUAUCAGAUGGAGGAUAAUUAGCACUAGAUUGGAAGAAUAAGCAUGUUGUUACAAAUAAACCACUUAUUUUAAUUACUCAUGGGUUAACAGGUGGUUCUGAAACUAAUUAUAUAAAACAUGCUGCUCAGACUCUAGCUGAUGCUGGGUAUCAAGUAGUAUGUUUUAAUCAAAGAGGAGUGUCUAAUUGUGAAUUAUUAACAAGUAAAUAUCAUUUUCAUGGAUGUACUAAUGAUCUUAGAGAAGUGAUCAAUUAUUUAUAAGAAAAUAAAUAGAAGGGUCAAUAAAUAUUUGGAUUAGGUUUUUCAAUUGGAGGUAGUCUUUUAUUGAAAUAUGCAGGAGAGGAGGGAUAUAAAUGUAAAGUCAACAGAAUAUUCUCAGUUGCCAAUCCAUAUGAUCUUUUGGAUUGUUCGCAUAACAUCAUGAAAUUUAGGAACAAAAUUUAUGAUUGGUCAAUCACUUGUAAUUUCAAAAUGCUCCUCAAAUAACAUUAAAAUUCAUUAACAGAAAAUGAAAAAACUAAGGGAAUACAAAUAUAAGAAGCAUUACAGGCCAAAAAUACUUAUGAAUUUGAUGAAUUAAUUACCAGAAGAUUAUUUGAUUUUGAUUCUCCUGAAUAGUUAUACUCAUCAAUUGGAUGCGGAAACUACAUCAAAGAUGUCAAAGUUCCUGUUCUCAUUAUGCAUGCCAAAGAUGAUCCCAUCGUUCCUCAAUUUCUAGUACCUUAUGAUCAAAUCAAGUAAAACCCUAAUAUCAUUGUUGGCUUAACAAAUAAAGGAGCUCAUGUUGAAUGGUUCACAGGAUUGAAACCAUAAAGAGUAUUAAUUUAUUAAGAUUUUUUAGUGGAUUAUGAAUCCAAUACUAAGGUAUUUCGAAGAGAUACAAUCACUAUGAUU